CCAAUUGCGGUUAACUUUCAAGCUCUUUUCACGCGUCCAUCAUGGCAUCCACUGAAGAACUGAGUGUCUCUGCCCUUGUAUAUGAUUAUUUAUUGAAAAAAGACGCGUCACUGGCAAAGGUUUUUCAAAAGAAAACGAAAGCGCCCACAUUACCAAAAGGUGCACCAACAAUUCUAGAUGUAUAUCAACAUUAUCAAAAAACAUCUCAGAAAAAAUUAAAUGUAAAAGCACAAGCUAAAGACAGCAGUUCAGAUACAAGUUCAGAAAGUGAGGAAGAAACGCCAAAAAAAAUUUCUCAAAUAAAUGGUAAAACUACAGUUAAUGCUGUAAUAAAUAAUAAAAAAAAUGAAUCUUCUUCAGAAGAUACCUCCAGCGAAAAUGAAAAAGCACUCAAAGUAGUUACAAAAGCUAAAACUGCUGUUAAAACAUCUAAAGCAUCACCUGUAAAGAAAAAAGAAAGUACAGAUGAAAGUUCUUCAGAGGAGGAAGAAGAGACACCAAAAACACAACCUAAAGCAGUAUCAACACCUAAAAUAUCUAAAGAGCAAAAAUCUUCAGAUGAUUCUGAUUCGGAAAGUGAAGAAGAAUCUAAAGCAAACAUAACCGCAAAAACAAAUACAAAAUCAAUUAUAACAUCUAAGGCAAAGAUUGGAACCAAUCAAAAGGAAUCUUCAAGUGAAGAUAGUAGUGAAAAUGAAGAUGAAAGUCCAGUUAAACCAGUAUUAAAAAAAGCAACGCCUAUUCCACCAACAAAAUCAACAGCGAAAAAGGAAGAAUCUUCCAGUGAUGAUUCUGAUGAUUCGUCAGAAGAAGAAAGUGCUAAACCACAAUUACCAAUCAAAACUAAAUCAAUUAUAAAACCUGCCAAUAUUACUAAACCACAGGAAUCAUCAAAUGAUGAUUCUGAUGAUUCAUCAGAAAAAACAACUGUUGCAAAGACAUCAGGUAUUAAAUCUAAUCAAGAAAAGAAAAAACAAGAAAAAAAUGUUCAACAAAAGAAAGAAGCAAUAAAAGUUGGAAAACAAAAUAAAGGUUUAGUUACUAAAUCAAUGGUAACAGUGACUAAAGAAGAAUCAUCAUCUAGUGAAGAAAGCAGUGAAGAAGAAGCUAAAAAAACUAACAUUCUUCAAUCAGUUGCCAGUAAAAGUCCAUCUAAAAAGGAAGAGUCUUCUAGUGAAGACAGUAGUGAAGAAGAACCACAAGUUAAAAAGGUCCAACCAGUAGCACCAUUUUCAUUCAUCACAAAAAAUGUUCCAGCUAAGCAAGAAGAGUCUUCAAGUGAAGAUAGCAGCGAAGAAGAACCACCAGCCAAAAAAGUUGCUGCUUCAGUAGCACCAGUAACACCAAAAAAAGUGUCUAUUAAGAACGAAGAAUCUUCUUCUAGUGAAGAUAGCAGUGAAGAAGAAGAAUCACCAACCAAAAAACCUGUUUCUGCUAAAAUAACACCAGCUAAUACUGUAAUUAAGAAAACAGAAUCUUCUAGUGAAGAUUCUGAUGAUUCCGAUGAAAAUGAAAAAUCAAUUACAAAAUCAACAACAAAAUCAAUAGGAAAGAAAGAUGAGUCUAGUUCUGAAGAUUCAUCUGAAUCUGAAGAUGAAAAACCAGUACCUAUCAAAAUACCAGUACCUACAAAAACAAUUACGAAAACUGAUACUAAAAAGGAAUCAUCCAGUGAAGAUUCUGAUUCAGAUUCAUCAGAAGAGGAAAAACCAAAAGCAAUGCCUAUUUCAAAAUCAAAAACAACAGAAAUUAAACAAGAUACAGGAGAAAAAUCACAAAAAACACCUAAAGCUGAAAAAAGGAAACAUAAAGAAAUAGAACAAGAAAAAGAUGAUGAGGAUAUAGAAAAACCUCCAGUAAAAGCUCAAAAAAAUAACUAUAGUAAUUUUGUAAAGGCAAACAAUAGUUUUAAUAAUGACAAGGAGGACAAUCAGGAAGAGGGUGGUUUUAAGAAACAUGGUGGAAGGGGUGGAUUUGGUGGAGGCAAAGGUAGUUUCGGUCGUGGUGAAUUUAAGGGAGGUCGUGGCGGUGAUAAAGACAGGGGUGGACGCGGUGAUAAAGGAGGUAGAAGUGGUUUUAAAGGUGGUCGAGGAAAUUUUAGGGGUGGUUUCGAUAACAGAAGAUCAUGGGGUGGGAACGAUAGGGGGAAUGACAACGAAGGAGGCAAGUCCGACGGAUUUAGAAAAUCAUGGGGUAAUAAUGAUAGAGGUGGUCGCGGUGGAUUUAGAGGGGGUAAAGGCAAUUUUGACAAAAAAAGAUCAUUUGGUAGUACGCCGGUACAAAAUAAAAAAAUAACGUUUGACGAUUGAUGAUGAUAAAAAUAUAUAUAAAGGUGAGGGGUAGUUAGUUUAGAGUAAUCAAAUAUUCAAGUAAACGUUAUUAUAAUAACUAAAAAUAUAAUUUUUUUUUCUUUUUUUUUUCAACAGAAAGGUGCUCGUGGUUCUUGGGGAGAAAAAGCGAAUCAAGACCUCAAAUACACGAGAGGAAAGUCAUUUCGUCACGAAAAGACGAAGAAAAAACGUGGUAGCUACCGCGGCGGUCAAAUAGAUACUAGCGUCAAUUCUAUUAAGUUUGACGAUUGAAUAAACAUUAUAUUGUAAAAUAUAAAUGAACAUGUUUUAACAUUAGUAACUCGUAUAUUUAGUUAAGUGAACAGAUAGAAGAAUAUUAGGACUGUUUAAGUUUUCCUUAAUAAGACACUUUGUUAAUAUCUUUGAAAACACACAUUAACGCUAUGUUACAAUCAUAGAAUAUAAAUUUUAUUCAUUUUAUUAUUACAUAAGUUAUUUUCACGUAGUUCUUUUUUAAUAAUUAGUAUCUAUAAGACUGCAAAUUAAAUAUAUUUGACGAAAAUCUCUACCACUUAUUUUAAUAUGAGGAGUAUAAUUUAUGAAAGAUACUUCGAUACUGACUAGCUUUUGAAUUAAAAAUUAAUGAAUGUUGUCUAUUGCAAUAUGUAACAUAUUUCAUAAAUUAUCCUUCCUAGAAUUCAUAGGAAAUUUGAUAGAUAUCAUUUAAAUUUGCUAAUUAAAACUUGUAAAAGAUGUUGCUUAAAAAAAUCCUAGCUUUACUUAUCAAGUGUAUCGGGAAAAAAUUUUCUGAAGAUACAUUUUCAACGGUGUUCAGUUUUCAAUAGAAAUGUGUUUUGACAUUGCUUUUUUUAUAAUUAAUAAUAAGAACUUGCGAUAAUAAUGUCAAAUCGUUCACAAUCAUAAUGAACUCUGAUUAAAAAUUCAAAUUAUAAAAUACAAUUUGCAAACUAAUGUUUAUAUGUAUAACAGCUAAUAUUCAAAGAAAUUUUAUAAUUAAUUUAUACGCAAACAAUUCGAUAAAUCUAAUUGGCAAUGAAUUUAAAUAAAAAAAAAAAAAUAUCAACACGUAA